UUUCACCAAAAGACUUACUCUUGCAUGCCGCUGUGUCCUAAAUGAGCUGCUAGCCAUCAGAAAUGAUCACCUUUAUCGUAGUUUCGAAUUUCGUUUUCAGCUGUUAUGCAGAGCAUGACAUGCUUGUCUAUCCAAUCAUUGUGCAUGAAAGAACGAGCGCAGGUAAUAUGGCGCUUGUGCUGCACGACCGGUUAACACUUAACCUUGAGAGAAGCACAGUGUUAGCGGACAAACUGGUCAUGGUCACGAGCAGUCAGCACGAAAGACAAGUGAAAACGGUGGACACGUCCGCCAUUCAGAAAAACUUGUAUCACGACAAGCAUCAUCGAUCGUCCCUAAUGGUACACCAGAGAGAUGGAAUCGUCAAAGUUGAAGGUAUAAUCAACCAUAAGCUCAGAAUAAAGCCCGUACCUCAAAGCGAGCGCUCGUCACGGGGUCACGUGCUCCAUCGCAUAUACGAAGUGCAAGAAACGGACGAUGAACUCGCAAAAAUUGUACCAAACGACCAAGUACCUUUGCCAAAUACGGCUACGAUGUCGCCGUCACACGUACAUUCUGCGGGGCCUUUACUUCCAAGAAGAUUACUUGAAGAAUUUGUGGUGGAGGUUACUGUAAUAUCCGACCAACUGCACCAAGUGCACUAUCAAAAUGACGACGACUUGAUCACCUAUCUGGCAGUGAUGAUGAACGCUGUCAACCUCCGCUACCACGGUAUGCACAACCCUCGCAUUCGAUUCAGGCUCGCUGGAGUCACCAGGAGUCUGGUGGAUGUCUUCGCUAGCUACAUUUCCGGCGGUUACCUGGAGGCUUAUGGUACUAUUGAAGGGCUUGUGAACUACGUAAGAAACGGGAACAUUCCAGAGCAGACUGACGUUGUUUACCUUAUUACACACCGGGACAUGAUAAAUGGUAAAAGUGGACAAGCACCUGCAGAGCAGAGAAUGACAGGCCUCUCGUACGUUGGGGGAGUGUGCACAAAGGAAAAAAUCGGAAUGGGAGAAGAUAUCGCCCAGUCCUACAGGGGCGUCUUCACGAUGGCGCACGAGCUAGGCCACACGCUGGGCGCACAACAUGACCAGGUGGGCCACAGGGAGUGUCCCUGGUCCGCCGGAAGCCUGAUGAGUUACGUGGACGGCGGGGAGAACAGAUACCGCCUCACUCCUUGCAGCAAGAGACAGAUAAGGAGUGUCGUCAGUAAACUGCCAGAAUGGUGCCUAAUGGAAACUUCGAGAAGAAACUACAUGGUGCACCCAGGCACCCUGCCGGGGAAUAUGAUAUCAGCGGAUGUAUUCUGCAAGUUGUACUUGAGGAGAAAAACGAAUUCGCCACAGCAGUACACCAAAAUAACCCGUGAAUACAGCCGAAAAUGCAAAAUGCAAUGCUGCUACGUAACAGGCCGCCUAACUUGGUGUUACGAAGUCGAUAUACUGGACGGCAUGCCAUGUGGCGAAGGGAAGACUUGCUUGAAGGGAGCCUGCAGGAGGCAGCACCCAUGGUUCUGAAUCUCAGCAAUCGGGACUCUACGCGAAGCCUGAAGACGCGUACAAGUAGAGAGGCCCGUACCUCAGAAGAUAUUUGCGUCCAUGUCUCUUUCUGUGCUGAUGCUACCCUCAAAACGCGCUACUUCUGCAGCAUCCUGACUGUUUCAUCUCAGUAAUUGUCACCGACCUUCAUGUUUAAACAGCUCAAUAAAAAUGUGUAGAAACAAG